AGCAGCGUGUUCAAAAAUAAUAAAAAAACACGAAGGGGGUUCAGAAACUGUCAACCGCCGAUAACAUGAGGUCAGAGGAGAAAGAACAAUGGCGACCAGAAUUGGUGCACAAGAUGCUAAUGGUUGUAUUUCCCUAUCUUCACUCAUUGUAUGAGCUCCUAUCCAUGUCCGGCGUUACUCCGGCGUUUAGAAACGCCAUUAGAGAACAAACCCUUUUGUGGGAAAAGGUGGUUGUUGAACAACCCUUGAGUUCUCGUCUAACCGACGAUAUUCUAUGGGAGUUCACUUCAAAAUCCGCGGGAAAGUUGAACACGUUGAUUCUCCGAAAAUGUAGUGGAGUCACCAACCAAGGGCUUCGCCGUGUGGUUGACGCAAACCCUUUGAUUAAAAAGUUGAUUGUGACGGGAUGCACGGAGUUGGCUCCAGAAGGAAUCAUUGCAUGUGUUGAAAGCUUGACGAAGAAAGAUCAUAAGUUGGAGACACUUCACAUCAAUGGCGUCCCUGGAUUCACUAAUGACCAUCUCUCAGCACUUUCGACUUACCUUCCUCAAGAGGGAGCAAUCGACCUCGAGGUGUGUCCCCAAUGCGACCAAGUCAGGAUGAUUCCUCCUUGCUCAAGAGAAUCAUGUAAAUGUGAGGGAAGGAACGAACGGGAGUGCAGGGGAUGCUGGUAUUGCGUCCCUAGAUGCAUGGAGUGUGCAGUGUGUCUCGGACCAGACAAUGAGGCUGAAGAAGCAGCGUGUGGGGGAGAUGUUUUGUGUCUUGAAUGUUUCCAAGCGCUUCCAAAGUGCAGGUUCUGCAACAAACCCUACUGCACAAGUCACAGCAGCCUGCGACAAGAGAACACAGCGACGGAUUCAGCUAUGUUUGCAUGCCAAGCUUGUCACUACAUGACAGGAACAAGCGCAAGUGAACCCCUUGAGUAACAAUUCUAAAAACACUUGUCGUUUUAAAGCCAAGCUUGUUACUAAGCCAAUAAGAAGAUGUGAACUUUCAUAUCUAAAAACAUUUGUUGUUCUCUGCACUUUGUGUUUAUGUUUUUACAUGAAAACCUUGGAUUGUGUAAAAGCCAAAGAUAUUCGUUGUGUAAUAAAUUUUAAAAACAAGUGUUCAACA